AAUAUAAGUAGAUUAUAUGUCUUCAACAUGCCAAAGUAUCAUUCAGGGGGAAGAAAUAAGGCUAGUGAGUGGAAUGAAGUGACCAUAUUAAGUGAUCAACCAAAUAGAGUAAUAUGUAAUUAUUGCAAAGUGAGCAUAAUUAAAAAAAUAGAAAGAGUUUCAAGAGAUCCAUUUGGAUAAAUGCAGAAGAAAGAAUAAACGAAGCAAUAAUAAUUCCGCUGAAGUGUUAAGUGAUAUAUCAGUUUUAGAGUCAAGGCCAUCUACAUCUGCAGCAUCAAAUAAGUCUAGCCUGUCUGAUGAUAAUGAGCAAGAUGGUUUAAGCUUUAUUAGUGAUUCUUUUUAUUCGUCAAUUGUUCAGUCAACUGCAAUGACGAUGCAACAGCAAACAUCUGUUUCUAAAUUUGUUACUACAACAACAAGUAAUCAGAAGGAUGAACUGGAUUUACAAGUUACAAGAUUUUUCUUUUCAGCAAAUAUACCAUUCAACGUAGUAGAAAAUCUUGAAUUUACCAAGCUGCUUAAAAAACUUAGACCUGGAUAUGAGCCACCAAAUAGAAAACAGAUAUCUUCAGAACUCUUAGUAAAGAUAAAUGAAGAAGUAAUCAAUUUAAUGAAAAAUGAUCUUGCUGAUGAUAGUGCUGUUACCCUAAUUCAAGAUGGUUGGAGUACAUUCAGUAAUGAUCCUAUAAUUGCUCAUAGCAUCCAUAGUAAAAAUAAACCUUAUCUCAUUUCUGCAAUUGACACUGGAAGCCAAUCAAAAACAGCAGAAUAUUGCGCUCAAGCUGCUAAGGAUGCAAUUAAAAUUGCUAAAGAAACGUUCAAUAAAGAUUAUGCACUGACAACGAAAAUAAAAUGUCUAAAAUGAGAAAAC